AGGACAGUCUGUUAUAGAACCAUCCAUGAAAGAGUCAGUGUCUUUCCAGGGAAGAAAAAAAAAUCCAGCCCCCUUCAGUCCGGUAGCCUCCUCCUCCUCCUCAGUUUAGGGCAGUUGCCAAUUUAUGAACAACGCUGGAAGGAGUAAUUGGAUGAAGGUGGACCACUGUCCUACAAAUGAAACCCGUGUCUGGUGGAGGGGACGAUUUAGCACAAGUACUAGGAUUUUAUUCUUCUUCUGAGUUUGGGUUCAGUUAAUAAACUGCUGAACACAGCUCCCCCUCUCCAUUAGAACCGCUGUAACCUCUGCAUGGUGGCAUCAUAAGCUGAAAUAAUGGAUCAAUCAAGACACAAGCAGCAGUUAGCGUUCAGCCUCCUGUUUGGGUUGUGGUUGCCUUGCUGUUUAACUGAAACCACACCGUCGAGCACCGCUACGUCAAAACCCACACUGACACCCGCACCAUCCCCAUCCCCCCGGCCUGAGAGGCUAAAGGUCAAACUGGCUGGAUAUCCUCGAAAACACAAUGAGGGGCGCAUAGAGCUGUUCCACAAGGGAGAGUGGGGAACCAUCUGUGAUGAUGACUUCACGAUAGCUAACGCCCACGUACUUUGCCGCCAGCUGGGCUUCGUCUCGGCCACAGGAUGGACCCACAGCGCCAAAUAUGGCAAAGGCCAAGGAAAAAUCUGGCUGGACAACGUGCAGUGUAACGGAGGUGAGAAGAGCAUCGAAUUCUGCAAGUCCCGUGGCUGGGGCAACAGUGACUGCACUCACGAUGAAGAUGCCGGUGUUGUCUGCAAAGAUGAGAGGAUCCCUGGCUUCGUGGACUCAAACGUUAUUGAUGCACAAGUCAAUGAGAACAAAGUAGAGGAGGUGCGACUCAGGCCUGUGGUUGCCAUGGCCAAAAAGAAGCUGCCCAUCACAGAAGGUGUGGUGGAGGUGAAACACAAAGAUGGCUGGGCACAGAUCUGCGAUGUAGGCUGGACGGUCAAAAACACCCGUGUGGUCUGCGGCAUGCUGGGGUUCCCUCAUGAGAGGAAGGUCAACAGAAACUUCUACAAACGUCUGAAAAAGCGAGCAGCUGAGAAGGUCUCCAGGCCAAAGGUUAAUGUUUCAGCCGGUGGAAGGAAGUUAUCCAAAGCUAAAGCUAUCUCUAAGCCUAAACAGAGCAGCCCUGGCAAAAGGUUGUAUUUGGAGCGUCAGAAGAACUACUUCUUCCUUCACUCUGUGGCAUGUACAGGUACAGAGGUCCACCUGGCAGCCUGCCCGCUGGAAUUCAAUAAGCCAAACACCACGUCCUCCUGCCCGGGUGGCACGGCAGCUGUCGUUAGCUGCAUGCCGGGUCCGCUGUUCAUGCAAAACAGCGGUUUGAAAAAGAAAUUAAAAAUUUCGAGCAACGUGAGGCUGAAGGGAGGCGCCAGGGUAGGCGAGGGUCGGGUCGAGGUGCUGAAAGAUAACGAAUGGGGGACAGUGUGCGAUGACCGCUGGAAUCUGCAGUCAGCCAGCGUCGUCUGCAGGGAGCUCGGCUUCGGCAGCGCCAAGGAGGCUCUGACCGGUGCCCGCCUGGGACAAGGAAUGGGUCCGAUCUACAUGAAUGAGGUGAAGUGCCUCGGCCAGGAGAAGUCCAUCUGGGACUGCCCCUUUAAAAACAUCACAUCAGAGAACUGCCAGCACUCAGAGGACGCUGCUGUUCGCUGCAGUGUGCCUUACAUGGGCCUCGAGAACUUGAUCCGAAUCACAGGAGGACGAACCCGCUAUGAGGGCCGUGUCGAGGUGCUGACCUCAGACCCUAAUGGGACGCAGAGUUGGGGUCUGAUCUGUGGUGAGAACUGGACCACCAAGGAGGCCAUUGUGGCCUGCAGGCAGCUGGGCUUGGGCUACGCCAACCAGGGCCUGCAAAUCCGGAUAGUGGGCGGCCGGAGCAGUUAUGAGGGCCGGGUGGAGGUUCAGGUUGGGUCCAAGUGGGGCACAGUGUGCAGCACAGGCUGGACCACAAAGGAAGCCAUGGUGGUUUGCAGGCAGCUAGGGCUCGGCUACUCCAUGCAUGCCAUCACUGAAACCUGGUACUGGGACAGCAGUAAUGUGACAGACAUGGUAAUGAGCGGCGUGAAGUGCACGGGAAACGAGAUGGCUCUGAGUCAGUGCCAGCAUCACAAAACUGUCAGCUGUCAGAAAGCAGCAGCAAAGUUUGCAGCAGGAGUCAUCUGCUCAGAGACGGCCUCCGACCUCGUCCUGAAUGCUUCUCUGGUUGAGGAGACGGUUUACAUCGAGGAUCGCCCUCUGCACAUGCUCUACUGCGCUGCAGAGGAGGACUGCCUGUCGAAAUCGGCUGCCAAGGCCAACUGGCCGUACGGACACCGGCGCCUGCUCCGCUUCUCCUCUCAGAUCCACAACAUCGGCCGGGCUGACUUCAAGCCAAAGGCCGGACGGCACUCGUGGGUCUGGCACGCCUGUCACGGCCACUACCACAGCAUGGAUAUAUUUACCCACUAUGAUUUGCUGAAUGCCAAUGGUACCAAAGUGGCGGAGGGACACAAAGCCAGUUUCUGUCUGGAGGACACCGACUGCCAAGACGGCAUUUCUAAACGGUACGAGUGCGCCAAUUUUGGCGAUCAGGGCAUCACCGUGGGCUGCUGGGAUUCGUACCGUCACGACAUCGACUGUCAGUGGAUUGACAUCACAGACGUCAAACCUGGAAACUACAUUAUGCAGGUUGUGAUCAAUCCAAAUCAUGAAGUGGCUGAGAGCGACUUCACCAACAACGCCAUGAAAUGCAACUGCAAAUAUGAUGGACAUCGGAUCUGGUUCCAUAACUGCCACAUUGGGGACGCAUUGAGCGAGGAGGCAGAGAGGAGAUUUGAGAAAUAUCCCGGACAGCUGAAUAACAAGAUUUCUUAAUCGCUAGUAACUUCACAGCAAUAUAGACACCAAAGUAGGGGGGCUGAAUUAAAAAAAAACAUAUGCCUCACUAACUCAGAAAGACACAAACCUUUUGUCUUGAGGUGCUAAAAUGGAUUCCCACCACACAUCUCAGAUUUGUAGUCAUUGAAGCAGCGAACGUGAAUUAUUUUACUUGAAUAUUCAAGUGGAAAUUUCUCUGUUUUUCUCUAGACUAUUCUGUUCAGAGCUGUGAGCGAUGUGUUUUUGUUCUUUUGUGACCAUAAAGAAAAAAGCUUCAAUGUUUGGGGGAUUUUUUUUUUUUUUUUUUAGCUUUCGGCCAUCUUGUUUACAGAGAUGGUUUUACACAGCUUUAAAUAAUAACACCAGCCUUCGUGUUUACAGUAUUUUGUGAAUGUAUUUAUUGCCAAUAUUGAUGUACUAAAGAAAAAUACUGGUUUGAUAAAAAGUAUUUUAAGUUCUUCGGAAUCAGUGUGAAGCCAUCUUUAGCUUUAGUGUUCGUGCUUACUUUAAUAAUCUUUCAGGGAUAAAUUCCUGGGCAAAGGCAAAAAUGAAAAAAAAAGCUACAGUUACAGUUUAGAUUCACUGUAUGUACUUUGAUGUAAUCACACCUGCUGCACCAAAUAAAACAGAGAAAGUCUGAGAGACUCA